AUGCCCGUAACCGAAAUUGUCACCGACGCUAUAUCGAGGUUAAAGGACCCUAGCGCCUCAUCGAAGUUGCAUGAUCUAGCUGAAUGGCUCAAAGAUGCCGAAAUGAAGCAACAAGGGAACCUUCUGCAAUGCGUGGAUAAGGAUACCUUCAAAAAGACGCUGCCUUUAUUGAUGGCCUUGGGAUGUCAUAAAAUAACAGGCUUCGGUUAUGCGAUUUAUCGUACCUCUGGAAACUCCGAAGUUUCGAAAUUGCCCAACCUCAAAACCCUUUUCUUCCCUCUCAAUGUACCGGCUGGCGAGGUCGAAGUGGCAGGCGAGGCCCUCAAACGCGGCACAUGCACUCAGUUCGAUGAGACCGUAACAUUCAAUGCACAACUUGACUAUCUCGUCAUUUAUAUACCCGAGGAAAAGUGA